AAACACAAACAAAUUUCAUUUCAUUUCUGAAUUUUGAAUCUCUCUCUGUUCAGUUUCCCUCUCUCGCUCUAACAAUGGCUGACGUAGUUUCUGAAAUCCCCACCAAGAAAUCAAGAGGAACAAGAAAGGCUCUCAAGGAGAAAGCCUCAACCAAUGAUGCCAACAUCGUGGCGAACGAGUCAACAAUUUCACCCCUUUCUGAUCAACCCAAGAAAGAAAAAGCUGCAUCAAAGAAACAACAACAGCCAAAGCAACAAUCUUUCGAACAAGAUCUGCUCGAGAUGCAGGAAAAGAUGGAGCAGUUGCGUCUCGAGAAGGAGAAGACUGAAGAGUUGUUGAAAGCCAAAGAUGAGAUCUUGAAGCAAAAGGAUGAAGAAAUUGAAAAUCGUGGUAAGGAACAGGAGAAACUUCAAGUUGAGCUUAAGAAAUUGCAGAAGUUGAAGGAAUUCAAACCCACCAUGAAUUUGCCUAUGGUGAAAGACAAGGAACUAGAAAAGAAAGACAAGAAGAAGAAUGCAUGCCCUGAGAAAAAGAGGCCUACUCCAGCCUACAUGUUAUGGGUCAAGGACCAAUGGCAUGAGGUUAAGAAGGAGAAUCCAGAGGCAGAAUUUAAGGACAUUUCAAACAUGCUUGGUGCUAAAUGGAAGACAGUUAGUGCAGAAGAGAAGAAGCCUUAUGAGGAGAAAUACCAUGCUGAAAAAGAAGCUUAUUUGCAAGUAAUUACAAAGGAGAAGCGCGAGAUUGAGGCAAUGAAACUCUUGGAAGAAGAGCAGAAGCAGAAGACUGCUAUGGAAUUGCUUGAACAGUAUAUGCAAUUCAAACAAGAGACAGAAAAAGAGAACAAGAAGAACAAGAAAGAAAAGGAUCCAUUGAAACCAAAGCAUCCUAUGUCAGCUUAUUUCUUGUUUACUAAUGAUCGGAGAGCCGCUAUUCGUGCAGACAACAAGGGUCUCAUGGAGGUUUCCAAGAUCACUUCUGAAGAGUGGAAAAACAUGACUGAAGAACAAAAGAGGCCCUAUGAAGAGAUGGCAAAGAAGAACAAAGAGAAAUAUGCUGAAGAAAUGGAAGCUUACAAACAGAAAAAAGAAGAGGAGGCUGCAAAUCUAAUGAAGGAAGAGGAAGAACAUAAGAAACUUCAGAAACAUGAAGCCUUGCAAUUACUCAAGAAGAAGGAAAAAACUGAAAACAUGAUCAAGGAAACAAAAUUGAAUCGUCAGAAGAAGAAACAACAUAGCAAGGAAGAUAAAAACUCUGAUCCAAACAAGCCUAAAAGGCCUGCAUCCUCAUAUAUUCUUUUCAGCAAAGAAGCAAGGAAGAACAUAUUAGAGGAACGUCCAGGACUUGGUGCAAACAUGCUGACUACACUAAUUUCAUUGAAGUGGAAGGAUAUGAGUGAGGAAGAUAAACAAGUGUGGAAUGCCAAAGCAUCUGAAGCAAUGGAUGCAUACAAGAAGGAAAUGGAGGAAUACAACAAGUCAAUUGCUGCAAAGCUGGAGCAGAAAUCAGAUGAAGAAUAAUUGAUUUUGUGGCGUGUUCAAAUCUGUAUUGAACACAUAUGCUUCCUUUAAUUUUCUAGCUGUAAUAAUUUCUUUAAUGUACUGAUUCUCAAGUGAUAAAUUUUUAGACCAUUUUUACCAA